ACACUUUUUUUUCACCAGUGACUGAGUUGGGAUGGGGAGUCGGGGUGUGUGUCUGUGGCGUAGAAACUUAGUAAAACGGAAGUGAGUCUGCAGACUUGACAGUGUCGUCGCAUUCAGACAAUAGGAGGAAAUAGGAUGGCACCUAAGCGAAGGGCAACAUCGAGUGCUAAAGCUGGAGGGAAGAAGGUAAAGGAGGAGCCCCAAGCUCCACCAAAGGACAAGUUCACCUCUGCCAAAGAGGCCCUGAAGGCAGCGGGGUCACAGGUGAAGGGCUCAAGCAAACCAGACAGCUUUUGUCCUCUAUCAAAAGCUGAGGUUCAUGAAGAUUUUGACUGUAUGCUUAACCAAACCAAUAUCGGACACAACAACAACAAAUUCUAUGUCAUCCAAGUCUUAGUGUCUGGAGGGAGGUACUAUUGCUGGACAAGAUGGGGUAGAGUGGGAGAGUCGGGCCAAAACAAUCUAGCUGGUCCAUCUAAUGUUGAUGCAGCCAUUAAAUGUUUUGAAAAUAAAUUUAAAGACAAGACCAAGAAUAAUUGGAGUGAUCGAGAAAACUUUGUGUCACAUUCAGGGAAGUACACAUUGAUAGAGGUCGAUGGGGACCAGGAUGCUGAAGUGAAGGUGGACACUGUAGACAGUGGAGAUGUGAAGAUGAAAAAUGUACAACACGUUUUGCCUUGUACACUGGAUGAGGCAACUCAAAGACUCAUCCGGUUCAUUUUCGACAACAACAUGUUCAAAGAAGCCAUGACGAGCAUGAACCUGGAUAUUAAGAAGAUGCCACUGGGGAAGCUGAGCAAGCAGCAGAUAGCUAAAGGCUUUGAGGUGUUGGAGGAGAUUGAAGCUGCAAUAAAGAGGGUGGAGCGGAACAAGUUAGAAGACCUCACUAACAAAUUCUUUACCAUCAUUCCUCAUAACUUUGGCCGCAACAGACCCCCUGUCAUCUCUGAUGAUUCUGUCCUUCAGAGCAAGAAGGAGAUGCUUUUGGUCCUUGCAGAUAUCGAGGUUGCCCAGAGUCUUAAAGCUGAGUCUGAGAAAGCCAAAGAAGAGAUGGAGGACACGGUUCCUCAUCCAGUAGAUCAAAACUACCAGUCUCUCAAAUGCAAUCUUACUUUACUGGAUAAGAAGUCCAAAGAAUUUAAGAUUAUUGAGAACUACUUGAAUGCCACUGAACAAAAAGGGCUCUCUAUAGUGGACGUCUGGCAAGUUGACAGAGACACAGAGGCUGAGCGCUUCAGUGAAAACAAUGCUUUGGAGAACCGGAAGCUGCUGUGGCAUGGAACAAAUGUUGCAGUGGUUGCAGCCAUUCUGAAGAGCGGCCUUCGCAUUAUGCCACAUUCUGGUGGACGAGUGGGCAGGGGAAUCUAUUUUGCCUCUGAAAAUAUCAAAUCUGCUGGAUACGUCUGUCCAUCCAACAACAUUGGGAUUAUGUUUCUAAAUGAAGUUGCUUUGGGAAAAGAGCACACCAUCACAAGUGACAAUUCCAGCUUAAGAAAGGCUCCUGCUGGCUAUGACAGUGUAGUUGCACGUGGACAACAAGAACCAGAUCCUUUGAAAGAUGUCUUUAUUGAGUUGGAUGGCAAACAGGUGGCAGUUCCUCAGGGAAAAGCCAUAAAACAGCAGCAGUAUGAGAGAAGUACCUUCUGGAACAGUGAGUACCUGAUUUAUAAGGAAAGUCAAUGUCGCAUCCGUUACCUUCUGGAGCUACAGUUCAAAAGUCUCUGGGACUGAGUUGAAAAUGGCAGCUAUAUAUAUUGCCACUUCUGCAAUGGGUUUCACUCUCACUAUAGAGUUUUGAAUGUUGAAUGUUUUGAUUAUUGUUUGAGAUCAUUGUUAUAGAAUGAAAGUUAUGUUAGAAAAUUUACUUAGAGAAUGGUAAUGCUAAUUUGGUAGGGCUUUUGCUUAUUGAGUUGGGAAGGCCAAUACAUAUUUGAUUAGUACAUGACAUUUUUGAUCAUGUAACCCAAACUUUGGUUAGUAUAGCUUUAUGUUUACUCAUUGUACCUUCCCUUUGGGUGAGGUUUGAAUGGCUUCCUAAUAUUGCUGUUCUACAAUUGACAAAUUAUUUAUGUUAUUAACCUGACUGCAGGUUUCUGUACUGUAUACAUACAAAAACAAAUGAGUGACUUUAAAUGUUGGGCAAUAUUCAAUUUAGUAAUAUGCAGUUUUUAUUAAAAUAACAUAAAAGUUAAAAAAGGGCAAAAAUGAAAAUCAAUUGAAAAUUGUAAAUUCCUUUUGAGAGCAUGUUUUGAAUUUUCUUUUGGGUAUUUUUAUUUAAUUUUAUUUUAUACAUAGCAUACAUAUGUUAAGUUCAGAUGAAGUAAAGAUAUAAUUUAAGGUUUGCUUUUAUUAAUGUCAGUGUGAGUGCCAGCCACUAUAGCUAAAAGGAAAGCCUAGAAGAUAAUAAAUAAUUAUAUUUCAACACUU